AUGGCGAGCGGAGCGGGGCUGACCGCCUUCAGUCAGAAAGUAUGGGCGCCGGUGCUGGCCAAGUCCCGGCGGGCUGUGGUGUUCAUGGACGAGCCGUGCGCCGAGGUCCUGCACUGGUGCGGCGGGGCCGAGCUCCUCCUGGCCGCGGGGGCGCUGAACGUCAAGGAGUUCUCCAGCUUCGAGUCCGGGAGUCCGGGCCAGCCCAAGGCGGUGUUCGUGGUGAGCAGCCCCCUGCGGGGCCGGUGUCUGGACGUGAUCAGGGACGUGGUGAGCCAGAGCUCCUUCCAGUACUGCAUCGUGGUGACCACCGUGAGCCCCGGGGAGGCUGAGGGCAGGACUGCCCAGGAGCAACUGGAGGAGAAGCUGUGCCAGUGGAUGGGGAACAUGGGCUACACCGCUGAGGUCCUAUGGGCCCCCAUACUGCUGGCCCCUCUCAGUCCUUGCCUCCUCCUGCUCCCAGCUUUCCAUUCCCUCUUCCCUCUCCUGCCAGGACCAGACCUCCAGGCCCUAAACCGCAGCCGUCCAGACAAGAAGAGGUUCCCAGGCCUGGGGGACGUGGACCUCCCGUCGCUUCCUCAGGAGCUGCAGAGCCGCGUUAAGAACCUGGUGUGCGGGCUCAAUAACAUUAUGGAAGGCAUUGGAGUACGGGAGGAGUGCUUCUCUGUGGGGUAUCUCAGCAGGAUCAUUGCAGGAGAACUGGCCAGCUACCCCCAGGCGAAAAAUCGCAGGAAGACUGCCCAGAGCAAGGCGUCACUGGUCUUCAUAGACAGGACACUGGACAUCACUGGAGGCGUUGGGCAUCAUGGUGACAGUCUGGUAGAGAAGAUCCUCUCUGUUCUUCCUUCUAUUCCUGGACAGAAGAAUGAUAUAAUGAUUGACAUGGAUGAACUCACAGACUUGCGGAUUGAUGGUGAAAAUGAGGGGAUAAUAGCCCCAGGAUGCUUGUCACAGCCAAAUGACAGUGCUGCCAAAUCCCUGUGGGAGUCCAUGCUCACCAUGAAACAGAAGGAAGCAGUAAUGGAAGUAAGAAGACAUCUAGUAGACGCAGCCAGCAGAGAGAAACUGCCCAUUAAGAUGAGCAUGGGUAGAGUGACUCCUGAGCAACUCAAAUCCCAUGUCCUGCUCUUCAAGCAAAACAAGCCAGCUCUAGAAAACCACUGUGGCCUCCUACAGCUGGCGUUAGCUGCAGUCCAGGCUUUAAAGCACCCUGAAUGCUCCAAGUGGGACACCUUCCUUGCUGUUGAAAGGCUUGUCUUGCAGAGCACUGGAAGAUCAGAGCUGCCAACUGUCCUCAAUCAGCUGUACCCCAGGGUUAAGUCACAUAGUGAAAGAGGGGAGGAUGACUACAACAUCGAUGAUGUGCUUAUGCUUUUGGUCUACAUAUACUCUGUGACUGGAGAAGUCAUGGCCGAUAAAGAACUGGAAGUCGCUGAAGGUCAAUUAAGAAAAGUCCUCAUACAAUGCUUGUGUGAUGAGACGGAGCUGAGUCCUCUGGUACAAAAGAUAGCAGGAUGUGAAUCCUCGUCUGAGCUUACGUUGGAAAUAUCUACAGCUGUGAUGGAUAAAGUGUUUGCAUCUUUGAGGGAUCUUACCAGGAUUCGUUCACACUUGAAGUUGUUCAAUUCUGUUCAUGUACCGGGCAGCAAUAUUCAACAGGCCAUAUACAAGCCUUUACUGAAACAGAUUGUAGAAGAAAUAUUUCAUCCUGAUCAUAUCGAGCCUACAGAUAUUGAGCAUAUGUCUUCAGGACUCACUGAUCUCCUCAAGACAGGAUUCAGCAUGUUUAUGAAGGUGAGCCGACCACAUCCCGGGGACUCUUCUCUCUUGAUCCUGUUUGUGAUUGGUGGUGUCACUGUUUCAGAAGUCCGGAUGGUUAAAGACCUUGUGUCAACUCUUAAACCUGGUGUUCAGGUGGUGGUUCUGUCCACAAGACUUCUGAAACCUCUCGACAUUCCUGAACUGCUGUUUGCAACAGACCGUCUGCACCCAGACAGCGGCAUCUGACGGUUCUCUCCAGCAGAUGAGUGAUGAUCCAGGGUUAAAAUCACAACAGGAUCGGCUCUGCUUAUCUGAUGUGUAUAGGAGGCCGGAGAGCCAUGACGAUUUCUAUUGAGUUUGUUUGUUUAUUGUAUUCAUUAAAAUGUCAAAGAAGCUUUAACCCUG